AUGUCAAUUGAUACACCCCUUAUCGAUAAAGAAGAAACCUCAACAGUUACUGAAGAGUCCACUUAUACAGGUUUCAUCGAGUCUUCAUUCAAUAUGAUCAAUACUUGCUUAGGCGCAGGCAUCUUAUCUAUCUCGAACUCUUUCACAUUCUGCGGACUUAUUCCAUCGACGAUCACCCUUUCAUUGAGUGCUCUCUUCUCAUACAUAUCUGCUCACAUGAUCAUCAAAAUGCACACCCUUUGCGGAAUAAAUUCGUUCAUGGAACUAUCAGUCAAGAUUGGAAAAUUUGGAAAAAUACUCACUGACAUCUCCGUUAUCCUGUUCUGUUAUUCUUGCAUGAUUGCUUACGUUAUUAUGAGCGUUGAAAUUCUCCAAAGUUGGUUCAUGCUGGCAGGUCUCAACCUCAAAAGUUUCUGGCGUCGUACAGUUACAGUUAUUGUUUUCUGCUUUGGACUUCCAUUCAUGUUAACGAUUCCACGCAAUAUUAAGUUCCUUUCAUCAAUUUCAUUCUUCUGCGUUAUCGCCGUACUUAUGUAUUUCGUUGGAUUGGUUUACAAAGGAAUUGCCGUUUUACCAAAAGAUGGAAUUCAUCCAACAACUGAAACAUACAGAUUCAAUAUGGGCAUAUUUAACUGCAUCGCUGUCCAUUUCUUAUGUUUCUCCGUUUCUUGCCUCAUUAUUCCAGUCGUAAAAGUAAUGAGACCAAAUAUGGGACAUAGAAGCUUCACUUAG